ACACUUUUUGACAUUCAGAGUAAUAUUCGUUUUUUUGUCACAAGUAUUUUUAGAUCAAUUAAUCAUAUGACAGUUGAGACUGGUACUAUAACCUUGUUUUUAAUCUGUGAUUGGUUGAGUUGUAUAAGUUAAGUAAAAAAAUACGUUUUGAAAUAAUUCCAAUGCAGUGAAAACGCAAGCGCGAGUUAAAUAACCUACGUUUCAUGUUAUAUCAAACCGAAUAUUUUCUCGUUCGCCGUUACUAGUUUUACUAGUAUUUAAAGAGAUAUUCGAUGUACUAAUGUUAUCCAGCAAUAUUAUACCGAAAUUAAAUCUAUAUAUGUACUAAUAAGUGAAAAAGAAUCGUGUCGGUGCCGCUUACGCUGGAAAUAAGUUAUUGAAUAAAAUGAAAGAAUAUAUUCAGGUAACGUUACCGAAUUAUUCUUAUAUGUUUAAUUUCGAAUCUGAUUUCAUUCAUCAAAAAACUCGAACAUGGAUGCAAGACAACUGGACUUCAGGAUUUUAUUACGUCGGGAUUUACAUGGUUCUUAUAUUCGGAGGACAAUACCUAAUGCAGAACCGACCUAGAUUCGAAUUGAGAGGAAUUUUGGUUGUAUGGAACACGAUUUUGGCGACUUUCAGUAUUAUGGGUGCCUGUAGAACCGUACCGGAAUUCAUUCACACGUUAACACACCACGGUUUGUACCAUUCCGUAUGCAUUCCUUCUUUUAUCGAACAGGAUAAAGUAUCCGGGUUUUGGACUUGGAUGUUCGUGCUUAGUAAGUUACCUGAAUUAGGAGAUACUAUAUUUAUAGUAUUAAGAAAACAGCCGCUGAUAUUUCUGCAUUGGUAUCAUCACAUAACUGUGCUGUUGUAUUCUUGGUUUAGUUAUACUGAAUACACGGCUAGUGCUAGAUGGUUUAUUGUUAUGAAUUAUUGUGUUCAUUCGAUUAUGUACACUUAUUAUGCUCUAAAAGCAAUGAGGUACAGUCCUCCCAGACAAAUCGCCAUGCUUAUCACCUCUUUACAAUUAUUACAAAUGAUAGUUGGUUGUGCUGUUAAUUUAUGGGCUAGACAAUUACUUCAACAACAAGCGGAAUGUCAUAUAACUCCGUUUAACAUCAAAUUGUCAAUUUCCAUGUAUUUCAGUUAUUUCGUUUUGUUCGCUAGAUUCUUUUUUAAAGCAUACAUGUCUGGUAAUAGGAAAUCUAAAACAAUGAGCACUCCCGUUUCUGAAGAUUAUCCUUUAUUAAAAUCGAAAGUGCAGUAAAUUCUCACAUUCCUUGAAUAGAAGAUAUUUAUAGGCUUCGGUAAAUGUAUAGUAAUAUUAUUUAAAUUAUAUUAUAAGCUCUCUUUAAAUGAAUAUUUAAAGAAUUUGUUAUUCGCUUUGAAACUAAAUUAUUUAUUAUACUAAAAGUAAUUGUUUAAGUAGAACUAAUGUAGUGUGUAAAAAAAAUUGUUAUUCAUUGAAAACCACAAAAUAUAUGAAAAUUUACGAGAACUAAAGUUUAAAAUUUCAAUUAUACAAGGUGUGAUCAAAAAGUACAGUUAAUUUACUUCAAAACACUUCAUUUUGAUAACAAUACACUUUUUCAAUGUUAAAUCCAAGUUUUUGAUUUGAUCAUUUCAAAAUGGUCUGCUAUUUUGUAGCCUUUUAUUCUGUCCGGAAUGUUUUUUUAAGCUCAUUUCCAUUUUCCAUAUAUUUUUUGGCAUAUGUAUAGUAUGUUUAUGUUGUGGAAGAAUUUAUUUUGCAUUUCUUUCAGGUAUUUUUCCUCUUACAUCCUUCUAGUACACCAAUUGUAGGUUUAAACAACGCUUCCUACAAAUUUUUCUAUAUUUAUAGUAGAUUUCUUCCUUAUUUAACUCAUUUCUAUCAUUAAAACGCUCUUACUACUAGUAAAUAGUCUUAAAAGUUGCUACAUUAUCUCUACUGAUAUAUUCAAUCAUUUCAUGAGCUUCUUUGGUACAGUUUUUCAGUUUAAAACGAAAAUAUAACAUUCUUAGCUAUAGUAGCUCUAAGGGGCUCAAAUUUAUUGUUAGUUGUCUUCCCGAAUAAGAAUAUAAGACAUACUACUUGAUACAGUAUAUUUAUUAGCAUAUGCACGUACAGGUACAAUCAAUACCAAAUUAUGGUAUAGUAUGUUUUUAUGUUGAAAAAGAAUCUACUUUUGCAUGUUUUCCAGUUAUUUUUCCUCUUACAUCGUUCUAGUACCCCAAUCGUCAGUUUAAACAACGCUUUUUGAUAUGUUUCAUGUAUUUAAAGGCAAUUUCUUCCUUAAUUAACCCAUUCCCACCCUUAAAACGCUCUUACCACUUGUAAUAAGCCUUCAAAGUUGCUACAUCAUCACUACAGAUAUAUUCAAACAUUUCAUGAGCUUCUUUGGUACGGUUCUUCAAGUUAAAACGAAAAUUUUACAUUCAUAGUUAUAGUAACAGACUGACAAGCUCUAAGGGGCUCAAAUUUAUCGCUAGUUGUCUCACCCUAUAAGUAUAUAAGAUGUACUAUUUGAAACGCAAUGGUAGCGGCUAGAAAAAUUAAUUCAUGAUAUUUUUUGAUUAUACCUCGUAUAUAUUUAUGGUAUAAGCUCAAAUUAGUAUGUCGUCCGUACAAUAACGUUUAAUAACAAACAUUGUAAUAUAUUUAGUUAAAAAUUUUUAAUUUUUGUUUAAUUUUAUGCACCUGGCUGUAUUUUUUUUGUUAUUUAUUCUCUGUAAUAAACAAAGUUCUAAACUAAAA